AUGCAGAGGAGGGCGAAGGAGGAGGAGAAGGAGGAACAGGGUCGGGAGGGGGGCAACAUGAAUAACAAUAUACCAACUGUGCCAUACGUCAAAUUCCUCUACGAUAAAUGCAAUAGUCACGCCCAGGAGACUGUGAUGACUCGGGUGAAAUCAAGCGUCUGGCGGGAACGUCUCUCAGGGAUGGAGGAUCUUUUCUCAGUAGCAUCUUCAUUCGACACAUCCUCCGCUGCCUUCACGCAGUCUCUAAUUCGGUGGUUGCUGGAGCCACCUGGCCUAAAGGACUCGAAUAUUCAGGUCAGAUGUCGUCUUCUCGAGACUCUAGGAGCAUUUUUGUCAGCAGUGCGACAACCAUCUCUCUGUGGCUCCUUGGUCGAGACCCUAGUUAUAGGUGCGACCGAUGCAAUGGUUGAGGCCAAGCAAGUGAAAUCGUGCGGUGACUGUCUUGACGGUUUAAAGAAAGCCGCUAGUUUGGAUAUUGUCGCGGAGUUUAUUCUUCGCCGUCUUGAGAACAUGAAGAAUCCCAAAUCCGUGCUUCACUCACUUGGCUGGCUCGUGGGUGCGCUAGAUAAAUCAGCGGCACGAUUGGAUAGGAAACUUGUUGUCGAGUGCUUGAAAACAGGAUUCCAGUCACGGGACGGUGGCGUGCGCCAGGCCUUCAUAACUCUUGCGGGUUCAAUCUACCAAAGUCAAGACUGCGAUCCUACAUUGCGCCAACAGCUGGACCCAGGACGCAGUGCACUGUCAUCUCUCCUUGAUAACGAGUUUAAGCAGCGCGAUCAGGCAUUUCUUGCAAAGCAAAGACAACCGGACUCACUGGCUGACCACUUCGAAGACUGCAUCGAAAACCGAUCAGAUCCAACACGUCCUGCAGCCUCUAUGAGCGCAGCAGAGCGGAAAAGUCGUAGGGUUACCACAAACCUAGAAAUGCCGUCACAUGCCCUUCUCGAAUCCGUACAUUUGUCGCACAUGGAGGACAAAACCUUGCUGUCUGUUGAAUACAGUGAAAAUGAGGCGUGUAAAACCUUCCAACUUGCCUCUCCGGCAGUUCCCAUCAUGACCUGUGAUCCGGAGGCCAAA